GUAAUUACUGGCAAACAGUGAAAUCGUUGAGUGAAUCAUAAAACUUAAUAAUAAUAAUUAAUUAAAACAGUUAUGCAUUUAUUUAAAUAGUGCGUUUAUUAUAGAAUAUUCAGUAAUAACUUAAAACAUAAAAUAUUUUAGUUCAUUAUUAUUUCUAAAUAAAAUGGAUCCCGAUGCUGACGAUAGCUUGGACCAAUACAGAAUUGUGCCUGUUCAAAUAAUUACUAUUGAACGGGUAGAGGGCACCGAUCAAUCCAGAUAUAUCUUAAACAAACAUGCUUUGGAUCGACUACUGGCCAAAAUCGGUGACCUGAAAGUGGCCCUCAUUUUCAAUGUUGGCACUCAAGGAGAGGGCAAUUCAUUUCUGCUCAAUAAAGUCGGCCGACAUAUCAUUAACUCUAUGAGAAAUGGUGUGACUUUGGGAACGGCAGAUGAACAGGACGUGGACUACGAUAUGGGCGCCGAUAUAGAAGUUUUGGAAGAUCCUAACGACCCGUUAAUCGGGUUUGAGUGGAAUACAGACCCAAAUGAGACCACAACGAGAGGUAUUUGGUUUUCGCAGCCCUUUAUUGUCAGCAAAACCGGUGGCGAAGAAGUGGCCAUUAUUUUGGUGGACACACAGGGCUUAGAUGGCGACGACUGCACACCGCAGGACAUGUCAACCAUUUUUAGCCUCAGUCUUCUCAGCGCAUCCAGUCUUGUAUUCAACGUUACAAAUGGUCUGAGAGAUAAUGUAUUGACGGAAAUGCACUCGUAUAUUGACCACUGCCUACAGGCCAUCGAGAACAGCACCGGUAGUGUUGGUCAUCCCGGCAACGAUCGCAAGUAUUUUCAAGACUUGGUAUUUAUGAUUAGAGACUGGAGUAAACCGAAGCCGCCGUACGGCUACGGACUGGAAGGCGGACAAAAUUUUUUGAACGGCCGGUUGGAGACCAGUGCCCGACAGCGCGAGUCGGCCCGCAAUACCCGUCAGUUUAUACGCGACUCUUUCGGAAACAUUCAGUGCUUUUUAAUGCCCGAUCCGGGAGUGAACGCCCGGAGCCAAGAGUUUAAUGGCUCUCCCAAUGAACUGACCGAUGAUUUUAAUGCAAAUUUGAAAGACUUUUGCAAUUUUCUCGUAAAUCCCGAUACGAUUCAAGUGAAGACAAUUAAUGGCCAACCGAUCACUGGUGACGAGUUUGGCCGGCAUUUCGAGAAUUAUGUAAACAUGUUUAACAGUGAAUCGGGUCCACGAAUCUGCGAUGUCGUUGAGUCCAAUCAUCGGGCCUACGAUAAUAAUCUUAUUAAUCAACUUAAGGACAAACACACAACAGAAUUGUCAGCCAUAAUGACGGGCAGGCCUUUCCUCGGGCGCCGACAACUGACCAAUCAGGCCGACGACUCAAUCAAUUCAUUGAUAUCAGAGUUCGGGUUCCGUAAGCGGUCGACCGCCGAGUCUGUGGUGCGGGAACUGACGGAUCAGUUGUCCCGCACUCUGCUCGCAGUCUUCGAGCAGAAACGGGAGGAGAAUGAGAUGCGACGGCUGACGGCCACCAACGAUAAGGUCACUGAAUUGGUCAACGAGUUUAAGCAACAUAUUAGCGGCCAUAUUAGGCCGGGUGACUAUCUAUCCGAUUAUACUCUGGGUAAAAUUAUUGAUACGAAAAGGGAACAUACGAUGAAUUUGUUUGACGCGUUCGCCGCCGAUGACCCUGAUCAAUUUGCCGAACACAAGCGCCGGUUAUUAAAUCAAUUGGAAAGCGAGGAAAACACGUUUAAAAGCAAUAACAGUCGAGCGAUACAAGAGUUGAUCACUCAGUAUGAGAGUGUACUUACCUCGCUCAAAACUCAAUACGACCAGAAAAUGAAUGAGCUAUUUGUAGACCAGGACAAAUUCUACACUGAAGAGCACCUGGACACACUAAGCGCUACCAUAUUGAGUUCAUUAGUUAAUGAGCUAACCCAGGCUGAUGUGGACACAGAAGUGGUACCUAUUGUGCCCUACAGACAGGCGUUGGACACAUACGUGAGGGACAGAUACCGGGGCUAUAAAGAGAAUAACAGGCACCGCACCGAUCAGGACAAGUCCGCUAUGAAUACAGUGCUAAACAAUCUGAACAAACUAUACGAAGAAGCGUUGGACGCGUGGAUCCAAUGCACCGACACUGAGGAGAGGCGUCGGUUUCUGGACGAGAGUCGACACAUACGCACACGUAUUGUGUCGGAAAAUAUGCCGAUAUAUAACCACCGACUGGAUCUCCUGGAGCUGAACGCCCUCUUCGACGCCACCGAACGCGAGAUGCAGGACGUGUUCGUCGAGGCGGUGGACGAAAGGCAUCGGUUGAUGAAAGCACUCGCCGAACGCGCGAUGCAAUGGUAUAACCGGGAGAUGACCAGAGAGUACGGCGACCGGCCGUACAUACGGCUGGACAGGUUGGGCGCCAUUCACGAGGCGCUGGUGGCCGGCGCGUUGGCCAGAUUUCAAAACGACCGUGGUCAUAUAUCGAUAGACAGGUACAACGAGCUGAUACGCGAGAAACUUAAGCUUACCUACGAUAGAGUGAUCGACGAGAAUAACCGCAACUGUCCCACUAUACCGGCCAUUGGCAUAGAUCUGGGCACUACUAAUAGCUGUGUAGCUUAUUAUAGACCAGGUCGUCCAGGUCAACCGGGUAAAAUUGUCGUGUGCCGUACCACAAAUACUACCCGUACUAAUGAAGUGACCCCGAGUUGUGUUGAGUACAGAGACAACGAGGAGGUAGUGGUGGGCGAAGAGGCGAAGGAUAAUCUGUUGGCCAAUCGCCAGAACAUUAUCUAUUCGGCCAAACGUUUGAUUGGCCGCCCGUUUAAUGAUCCCGACGUUACCAGAUAUAGACAGUACUGGCCUUUCGAUGUCGUCGAUAUGGGCGACGGCGCGGCCGGCGUUGAGGUGGAAGUGGACGGCGAGUCGCGGCAACUGUUGCCCGAAGAGGUGUCGGCCGAAGUGUUGCGCAAAAUGAAAGCGAUAGCCGAGCGUGACUUAGGUCAUCAAGUGGUCGACGCUGUCAUCACAGUUCCCGCCUAUUUCACGGACGCCCAGCGCGAGGCCACCCGCGGCGCAGGCGUUAUGGCCGGUCUUAACGUACUGUCCAUUAUUAAUGAGCCCACGGCUGCCGCUCUGGCUUAUAAACUCGACCGAUUUGAGGACAUGGGUACCAAAACCGUGCUUAUAUAUGAUUUUGGUGGCGGCACAUUCGACGUGGUAAUAUUGCGCCUAUCUAUUGGUGAAGUGAAAGUGUUGGCCGUCGGCGGCGAUAACAAACUGGGCGGAGACGAUAUCGACCAGAAUAUUAUCGAUCACUGUUUGCGCGAGUUUUACGCUCAGACGGGCGUUAUGUUGGACCGGAACAGCGUUGAGGGCGAUCGGGCCUAUCGGGCGCUCAAAGACCGCUGCGAACGGGAGAAGUGGCGUCUGUCCGAAGCGACUGCGGCCACCAUAGCUGUUGAUAACAUAGCCGAGGGUCAUGACCUACUGGUAGAGUUGACCCGCACCGAGUUUGAGACAUUGAACAUGGACAUUUUUGACCGCACUAUGGACUGCGUGAACCGUACGCUGGAAAGUGUCAACGAAGGCGCCGGUAUGACACCCGAAGAGAUCGACGAUAUAGUACUGGUCGGCGGCUCGACGUAUAUUCCGUACGUUAAGGAUAUGAUUAGACGGCACUUUAAUGGCCGCCAGCCGUCGCAGUCGGUGAACCCGAUGCUGGCCGUGGCUGAGGGCGCGGCACUGCAGGCUGCAAUACUGAACGGCAACCAAGCGCAUCUACACCGUCACUUACGGGUACUGGACGUCACACCGCACACGUUGGGCGUAAAGUCCAGGGGAGAUGUGAUGAGCGCUAUCAUACCGGCCCAGUCGUCGGUGGACGGCGUGCCCCGCACUCGAGUCUACGCCACGGUAUGCGACAAUCAAACCGAGAUCGAGGUGGAGGUGUAUGAGGGCGAAGACCCGGUGGCCACUAAUAACACCCCAUUAGGAAAAGUCUACGCCACGGUAUGCGACAAUCAAACCGAGAUCGAGGUGGAGGUGUAUGAGGGCGAAGACCCGGUGGCCACUAAUAACACCCCAUUAGGAAAGUUUGUUGUGAUGAAUAUACCGCCCGAUGAGGCGGGCAAACAAAACGUGUCAGUUCAGUUUUGCGUCAACGACGAUGGUAUUUUAAAAGUGACGGCAACUGUGCUCUCCCGGGGAGCACAAGGGGCUGUCGAGUACGAGGUGGCCGAGUAUAAGGGCCGCCUGUCCACUGAAGAGCUGUUCCGGCGCCGCCAUUGA